AUGUUAAGUGAAGAAUAUAAGAUAGACAGCUCAAAUACCAUCUCAUCAGCAAAGUUAACGAUGGAAAACCAGAAAAUGGUGUUGAAGAAGUUCAUGAUAACCCAAGUGACAAAGGGGAUUAUGCAACGGUAUGCGAGCCUGUUAGUGACUAUACAUAGUGACAACACUACGAUUAUUGGGUUAAAUUAUUUGAAAACAGCGGAAUUUUUGGAAACAGUUUUGCAUAGGGCCAACUCAUCUCAUUUACAGUUCAAGAAAGUCUGUUGCAUUGUCAUAAAAUUUUUAGACUGCUGUUCAAAAGAAACAAACUACAUGAGGUUUUUGAAAUUUAAUUUGCAAAAGCUUUUUGUGGCUGCCUUUAUAUUGAGCGUGCCAAAUGUUGUGGGCGAUGAUCGUGACAGGAUAACUACAAGGGAUGGGAUUUACCAAUUUUACUCCAAGAUAACAGGGUUGUCGCUAGAAGAAGUGACAAAUUGCUGUUCUAUCGUGAGACCUGUGCUUAUUCGGCGGAGUAGACAACAACGCAAACAAAUGUUGACUCGCCGUGAUCAGAAUUCCUAUUUUUCCAGAGGCACUUUUAUGAACCCUCAUUCUCCAGCAUCUCCACCUCUUCCCACAAAUAGGACAGCCAAUGACGCGCUUUUACAUACGCAUGCAUAUUCACUUCAAGACCAUUCCGAUGGGGAGGAUUACGAUCGGCGGGCUGAAUAUAGAGAAGGAAAUAGCUUGGAGGCAGACACCGGAACGUAUCGGCAUACUACGUUCAUAGCAGCUACACCAAACGUUUUACAUUCCAGAUCAUUGAUGGAAUGCGGUAUUGAGCCCACACAGACAAUAGAUUCUACAGAAUCUUCAAGUCAAAGCAAUGGAUAUGUCUUGGGAAGGGAAUUACAGGAGUUUAACAAUAUGGGCAAGAAACUGGUUCAGGAUUCUUUUAGAGUAGUGUAG